AUGCUUCUGAAACUGUGCCUGCUUUUCACGUGGAUGGCUUCUGGAACUGAAGUGGCGUUGGAAGACUUGAGUGCUGCUCUUGUGGCCGAAAUCACCGGAGAGAAACUGAUCUCGCAGUUCGAUCACCUGGCGACACACAGCGAUUGUUCACGACCUGGUGUGACGCGACUCGUCUUUUCAGAGCGAGAUGUGGAGGCAAGGGAUGUUAUUAAGAAGUGGAUGAGAGAGGCAGGCUUGUCUGUGAGAGAAGAUGUGAUGGGAAACACAUUUGGUCGUUGGGAGGGUUCUGACAGCACUGCUGGAAUUGUUAUGACGGGAUCGCACAGUGACACUGUUGUCCUGGGAGGUCCAUAUGAUGGUGCACUGGGGACCCUUGGCGCAAUUGCUGCUGUCGGCGCUCUGCAGAAGCUUGGUUUCAAGCCUGUUAAGUCUAUAGAAGCCAUUAUGUUCACCACUGAGGAGGCUUCGCGGUUCAGCAUUCCCUGCCUUGGCAGUCAGGGGAUGACUGGUUUCCUGGAGCCAGAAGUGCUGGACACCUUCAAGGAUGAGAAUGGGACCAGCUUUGUGGAGGCUGCCAACGCAGUGGGCUAUUCUGCAAAGACUGCUCAGGAAUAUGCGGACAAGGCCCUGCUAAAGAAUCCGGGUGACAUAGCUGCCUUUGUGGAGCUGCACAUUGAGCAGGGCCCCGCACUAGAGGCCGAAGGCAAAGAUAUUGGGAUUGUGGAGGCCAUCAUGGCGCCGUCUCUUGUCCGCAUCAAGUUCACCGGGAAGGGCGGCCAUGGUGGCGGCAUGCCCAUGUCUUACAGGAACGACCCAAGCUUGGCGGCUUCAGAGUUGGCUCUGCGGAUUGAGGAGGCAGCACUGGCGACAGGUGCUGCAGAAACCGUUGCAACAGUUGGGCUGUGGGACCAACAGCCGAACAUCUAUAAUGCAGUCCCCAGAAGUGUGCUCCUUGACAUCGAUAUCCGAGACUCUGACAAGGCAAGGAGAGAUGGGGUCAUCAAGAAGACUCUUGACGCAGCAGAGGAGAUAGCUGAGAAGCGCAAGUGUGGCCACACGAAGGAGCUCAAGUUUGAGUACCCUGUCGCAACAUGUGAUGAAAAGGUCCUCAAUGCGAUCCAAACUGCGGCCGACUUGGUGGGCGCAAAGAGCAAGCGCAUGAUCAGCCGCGCAUACCAUGAUGCUGCAUUCAUGGCUCAGAUUGCACCCACGGCUAUGAUUUUUGUUCCCAGCAAGAAUGGCCUGAGUCACCACCCCGACGAGCACACUGCUCCAAAGGAUUUGGCUCGCGGUGUUCAAGUGUUGGCUCUGACGAUUGCGCAAUUGUCAGGCCCCAGCAGCGCUGCAGUGUCUGACAAAUCUGAGCUUUGACUGUUGAGGUGUGCGUACUGUUCUGAUUGUGUAGAAAAUGCAAGGCAAACUUGACCCCCGUAUGGAGCUUUCCUUGGCCAAGGCGCGUCACAUUGAAGAUCCCAGUUACAGAUCAUCAUGAUGAAACGAGAAGGAUCUGGAGCAAAGGAGCGGCAUCAUCUGUUCCAGGCUCUACAUGCGCAUGUGCAUAUGCAUGCUUUGUGGACAUAAUAAGAUGUGUGCUGGGAACUGUGAUGUCGUAUUCAGCACUUUGCUAGCAAACAUUGCGUCUUUUAACAUGCAAACCACAUGUGC